AUGACAAAUCAGGAUUCAAACACCCUCAAAGUCGAGAAAGUCGUCCUGGACGACAUUCCCACACUCACUGAAGUCUGGUUUGCAGCAUUUGCAAGUACCGAACCAGACAUACGACGCGUUUGGCCUGACACGCCUACCGUCCGCAAAUGGUGGACCGACGCAAACCACCAUGAUCUCGUUCACAAACCGUUUCAACACUAUGUAAAAGUCGUCGACCCGGAAACCCGCGACGUUAGGGGUCAACCACGUAUAGCCGCGUUUGCCAAGUGGGAUACUUCGAUGCCCCAGGAGCGGGGUCGACGAUACCCUCCUUGGACUGAGGACCAGCCUGACCAGUUCUGCGACGAGUUCAUUGCCAAGGAAGAGCGAGAGAGACUGCGAGUCAUGGGCGCCGAGAGGCAUUACUACUACCAGCGGCGCGGUGCAGGCUCUUUGCUUAUGGAAUGGGGCUGUAAUCUGGCGGAUAGGGAUGACGUUGCAGCAUAUGUGGAUGCCAGCAAGUCGGGGUCUGCUUUAUAUCAACGCUUUGGGUUUAAUGACAAGAGCCUACCGAAUUCUGGAGAUGUUGCUUCAAUGACUAGGCCGCGAGCGAGUAUCCGUAUUCCGGAACGAGCUCUCUAA